AUGUUUUUAUCCAGCGCCCUGAAAGUUAACUGCAGAACAAUGCCUUUGACUAGGCUUCUUGAGAUAAGUUCGAUCCUUAAUGCAAAGAGACAAUUUUCCUCCAUACAGCAGGGGAAUAAAUUUACGAGGGAUUACAAGCAAUAUCUUCAACUGUCCAAUGGAGAGGUUGGAUCAUACUUUCAUGAUGUUCCGCUAAAGCUAGAUAGGUCUUGCAAAACCGUGAACAUGAUAGUGGAAGUUCCCCGCUGGUCUAAUGCAAAGUUUGAAAUCUCCAAAGAACUGGACUACAAUCCCAUCGUUCAGGACACAAAGAAGGGGAAAGUUCGGUUCGUUCACAAUAUUUUUCCUUACCACGGUUACAUUCAUAACUACGGAGCAUUACCGCAGACCUGGGAGGACCCCAAUCAGACCAGCGUUGGGUCUUUGAAAGGCGAUAACGAUCCUCUUGACUGCUGCGAGAUCGGUUCAGAUGUUCUCGAGACAGGUAGCGUCCUUGAGGUCAAAAUCUUGGGAUCACUAGCACUCAUCGAUGAUGGCGAGUUGGACUGGAAAGUGAUAGCAAUUAACGUGAAUGAUCCACUGGCCACAGAGAUUAAUAACUUGAAUGACGUUGAGGAUAAACUACCAGGUAUUCUAAACGCCACGAGAGAAUGGUUUAGAAAUUACAAGAUCCCUGCGGGCAAACCACCUAACGAAUUCGCGUUUGAUGGCGCUUAUAAAGACGUUCACGAAACCAUUGAUACGAUUCAAGAGUGCAACGACGCCUGGAAGUCGCUGAUCAGUUCAAAACAGGUCGAUGGCGCUCCCUCCACCAAAAGAGCUGGUGAAGGAGUCAAAAUAAAGCCCGACAUUAAACCUGCUCAGGAGAUUCCGGCAGAAGUUCACAAAUGGAGCUACGUAGAAGCUAGGCUUGACAAUUGCUCCUAA